AUGGCAGCCGAACUCAUCUGGACAAUCAUCUUCGGACUGACAGCCACACUCGUCGGCCUCGUCACUAUCUGGCAGAACUUCCGCGGCGUGCAUGUCGAGGUGGCAGCCAAAGCUGACGAUGAUGACGAUGACAACGGCCUCGUAGUCUCCAAGAGAUCACAGCCGUAUCGCACAUGGUAUGGUUGGGGCUUAUAG